CUGUCGGAGUCUCGGCAGCGCCGCGUUCUGCUCCUGCGGCGCAUCGCUCAUCUUCCCCGCCACCGGCUGAAGGCUGCUGGACGGCGGACUGAACCUGCGGCUGGUGCUCGGAUCUACCGGGAUGCGCAUCACAACAAUGUCAGCAAAGAUGAGCAACAGUGCUGCGAGUCCAAUGGCAGCCAGCAGCAGCAGCAGCACCGCGGCCGGACGCACAUCCGGAAAGACCACCAGCUUCAUCCCUGAGCUCCAGAGCAUGAUGUUUGCUCUUGGUGAUGCUCGCAGACCGCUGCACGAGACCGCCGCCCUGGUGGAGGAUAUAGUGCACACCCAGCUCAUCAACCUCCUCCAUCAGGCCGCAGAGGUGGCCCUCCUGAGAGGAGCCAGGGCCAUUUCACCAGAGGAUAUCAUCUUUCUAAUGAGGAAAGACAAGAAAAAAUUACGGCGACUCAUCAGGUACAUGCAGUUCAGAGACUACAAAUCCAGAGUCCUCAAAACCAUCGAAGAUGAAGAUGUGCUGGAUUCAGACAAAUACAACAGCAGCAGCAGCAACGUCAACAAGAGACAGCGUCUGCUGCAGGACUUCAUGAGCUCCAUCGACCAGACGGGGGAAUUCCUGACGCUGGUGGAGGAAGAGGAGGUGGAUGAAGUCAAGCAGGAGCGGCUGGAGAGAAUUGAGAAGAUGACCAGAAACAUGGAUUCUAGUCAGUACAGUGAUUUCUGUGAAAGUCGACAGCUGAGUUUUUCUAAAAAGGCCUCGAAAUUCCGCGAGUGGCUGGACUGCAGCAGUCUGGAUGUGAAACCCAAUGCCAUGUCCAUGGAGAUCCUGUCCUAUCUGGCCUACGAGACGGUGGCCCAGGUUGUUGACCUUGCCCUGUUGGUUAAACAAGAUAUGACUCCCAAAACAGGCGAUCCGUUUCAACACGCCAUAUCAGCAACUUUCAUCCAGUACUGCAACUCCUCGGCUGAGACUGCAAGCACCAAAAAGGAGACAGACUCUCCAGAAAACACACCGCCGUCGACUCCCAGCGGCCCUUUGACGGGACACCAGGGAAAGAUGCACUCCAUGGCCCAGGGGAACGGUGGGCCGAACCAAGAUGGAAGCAGUAAGGUCAAACAGAGGAAAAGGAAGAAGAGCGCGGCGGCCUGUGGCGCAGAGGCUCAGAGCAGUGCCAUCCAACCAACCCACAUCAGAGAAGCCAUCAGGCGCUACAGCCACAAGAUCGGCCCGCUCUCCCCCUUCUCAAGUGCCUACCGCAGGAACGGGAUGACUUUCCUGGCCUGCUGAGGUGAGCGAGAGUCGGCGUCUCGUCGUUUGGACAGGAAGCACUGUGGGCUGCCACUAAUCUGGAUUGGACGCAUUUUGUUUAGUUGGUGUUCAUGUAAACUCUAGUAAUAUGAGUUUCCUGUUUUGUAAACGGGUUAAAGUUUUUUGUAGUUUUAGUCAGUUACAACCAAUAUUCCAGAACCAUUUCAGCUUUUUUGAUGAUGAUGAUGUGUGUAACUACUUCCCGAUGCUUAACUAUUUUUAUUUUUUAUCUGUCUAUGUCCGGAAAGUUAGAUAAUGCAAACCCAUCUUCUUUUUGAUGCUUUAAUCCUUUUUUUUUUUUUUUUUCAGUUGCAUAAACCUUGCUUUUGUAAUUUUGUACCAUUUUUGUUUGGAUUUAGAGUAUUAAAUUUCCUUUUUCUUUUUUUUUUUUUAAUUAAAAAUCUUGGAAUAAAAAUGUGUUCCGUGUUCAAAAA